CGAGGUCGUAAGCCAGAGACGCUUCUGUUUUCCCUGCCUCGCGCUUUUACCUAAGGCGGGAAAGACCGUGAGAGACCAGAGCUGCCUACACACUGUCCGUCUGAGUUAAAGUUCAGGUUUAUUUUCUCUUCGUUUGAAAACUCUAACGCUUGACCAUGGGAGUCGUAACAGGAGGUGUCAGUUGUAUCAAGUACCUGAUGUUUGCUUUCAAUUUUCUGUUUUGGCUUGCAGGCACAGGAGUCCUGGCUGUUGCACUAUGGCUGCGUUUUGACAAGAAGACUGAGGGCCUUUUUCAAGUAGAGGGCUCGCCUUCUGCAUUCUUCACAGGUGUUUACAUCCUUAUUGUGGCUGGUGCCCUCAUGAUGGUGGUUGGUUUCCUUGGCUGCUGUGGAGCUAUUCGAGAAUCACCGUGCAUGCUGGGAUUGUUCUUCAUUUUCCUGCUUAUCUUAUUUGCGGCAGAGGUAGCAGCUGGAAUCUGGGGACUGUCAAAUAAAGAUACGAUUGUGAAUGAGUUGAAAGAUUUCUACAGGCAGACCUACCAAAAUUACCAAGAUACAAAGCAGGAAGCCCUGAAGGAAGCUUUGCGAGCGAUCCAGUUUAGCCUUCAAUGCUGUGGUACCACUGGAACAGCUUUUGAUGCUGCCCAAGACACGUGUCCCACGAAGGAGGGUUUGCAGAUUCUCAUUACAACGAGUUGCCCAGCUGCCAUAGAUGACCUGUUCAACUCCAAGCUGCACAUUAUUGGAGGUGUUGGAAUUGGCAUUGGUGUGAUCAUGAUCUUUGGCAUGAUCUUCAGCAUGCUGCUGUGCUGUGCCAUCAAACGAACCCGAGACAUUGUGUAAAGAGCUCUCGGACUCUCCGUUGUUACACCUGCCUGCUGUUGAUUUUUAACUUUAGUCAUGUUUCCCAUGCCACAGACCACUGCUUCAGCACUCCUUAAAAUCAUGAAUAAUUUCCUGAUGCUGGCCAGCAAUGGCCACCUCAGCUGAAAGUUUAUAAAUGGCCUACAGAGACAGACUACUGACUUGCUAUCAAAAUUAUUUUUUAGAAACCAGUCAUACCCUUUUAUUAUCAUAGAUGAUUGCUUGGUCUUUUUUUAUUUUUAUUUUUUUAAUUUAUUUUUUUUGCCCUUCCCCCCCCCACCUUAUGUGUGAAUAAGCUCUUGUAAACAUUGAUUUUAUUUCUUUUUACAGUUCUAACUUUAAGAGAUUAUAAUAAAAAUUUUUUCUGCAUAUUCCAGUACUAGACUUUUGAUGGAAAGUAGUUAAUGCUAAAUAAAAUUGUCUAAUACCAACA